UUCAGUGCUCGGGAGCCAAUACAAAUGUGUUCACAUGUGUAUGUGCGUAAAAGAACAAAAUCGAACAUUUUUCUGGUUAAAGUGAAUAUACAAAUAUAAUGCUGGACAGUUGGAGAAACCUCAAAUUGUUAUAAAGCGCGGGUUAAGUUCCAGUCUCUUCUCGGUUCGUGUUGUUCGGCGUAACCUACUGGAGAGAGAUUAGACACCGGCUCUAGGAAUUGUUCUUCUACCCGUCUCCUCUCAUUCCAGUCGGACACACCGAGGGGAGAGGUUGCCGAAGAUAGAUUCAUUUGUAAACAUUUGGGAAAAUACUCUCUAGCGUAAAUAAACAAAGUAAAAAGUGUACAAAAAUCCGGUUUUACUGGGAACAAGUGUACGUUGCAUUAAAGCGGAGAACUCUUAAGUGUAAACAUCUUGCUAAGAAUUUAAAAACUUUAAAGGACCUUGCAAGGUCGAAUUCAGAUCAAGCUGAAGCGGAGAAUACGAGUGAAAAUUAUAGUUAUUGUUAAGUUGUUCAAAUCAAUUUUGAUGAGAAAUUUUUCAUCACAGAGCAAUGAGGAAAACAACGCGAAAAUACAGUAGUGAGAGGAAAAAUUCUACAUGUGAUGAAACGAAUGAAAAGAUAUGAGAGUUUAAGCAUUGCCGCUUUUAUCACAACACUUCUACUUGCCAUGAGCGGAUCUUUUUGGGUUGAAGGGACACCUACCAGUGGGGUUAGGGGCCAGGCCCCUAGCCUCUACAAGACCCCCGACUGUCGAGAAAUGGCCGGACAUUUUUAUGUAAAAAAUAAGUGCGGAGGCAUUCUUACAAUUUCUUCCAAAAAUGAGUUCAUUUUACAGAAGUCCGGACUCUACAGUGGUCAUCCCUUAGCUGAGAUGGUUAAAGAGACCUGUGCUAGCAGCCACGCCUCCUGGCGGAGCUCUGGUCCCGCCCACUUUGUGAGAUAUAGGCACGCCAGCUCAAACAAGUACAUCUGCUUCAAUAAGAACGGAAAAGUUAAAGCUGUGUCUGGUCGGCGAGUGGAUCGCCGAGGACGAUUGUGUAUGUUUGAGGAGGUUGCUGUCGACCAAUCCUACCAUAGCCUCCAGUCCUCGCACAACCCCUCCUGGAUCCUCGGGUUCAACAAUAACAACCUGGAGAAGGUUUACCAGGAGAACCGUCUCACGGACCACUGGGCGGCGAAGGCCAGGCGAGGUUGGGUCAGCCGAAGGGAAAACUGCGACGCACAGUUUUCCAGCGCAGCCAACACGCCGGCCAACCUCGCAGACAAGUUUUCUGGACUUAUUAAUCUAAUCAGUGAUCUGGAAAAUAAUGUAAGAGUUGAAGACAAAGCGGCAAAUUUAGACCAAGAUCUCAGGACAUUUCAGAGCAGUGGCGGCGGUCAGCAGCCGACAGUGUCCAAAGCUCAUCUAGAAGCUCUGAAACUCCAACAUGAGCUUGUCUUAAAAGGAGUGAGAAAUAAAAUCAGACAUUUCCCAAAGAAACAACGGCUCAGACCUUCAAGAAAGGACAAAAAACGUUAUAGAAAAAGUCUAGCCAUGCGCCAGACUCAGAGUUCUGGCCAAACAAACUAAAAAGAGGAAUUUAAAAUUGUUUUUAUUUUCUUAGAUUCAUUCAGUUCAGUUCAUUUGUUAUUGGUAUAUCGUUAAAGAGGCUACAAGUCAAUAUAGUCAUUACAUAUUUGUACAAACCGUAUUUAAUCAAUAUUUAUCACUUUGUUUAAAUUUUAAGGUAGAGUACAGAAAUAUGCAAACCUUCCAAAGUUUGAUUUUGUUCAAAUUUACGCGAAGUUUUGUCUAGGCUGGAUUUCUGUAUUACCUUUAUACAUGUGAUUGGUAGUAAUUAAUUAUUCAUUAUUAAUAAUUAAUUAUUAAUUGUGAGUAAUUAAUUACUAUUUUGAAAAAGCUGUCAUUCCCCAUACCCCCCAUUUCCGUCCAAAAUUCUUCAGAACAUUCCAGUUUACAUCCUUUGUAGGGAUACUUUUUAUCAAAUUUUAUAUUUUAACCCUUGUCCUGGGACCAAAUCAACGUCUAGAGGUUCCAGACGGAAUCAAAACAAGAUAUUGUAGACGUCGAUCCGCCAAGAUUUUACAGACAUCAUUUUUUAAGCUUUUCCAUUUUAAUGUUUUUAGAAACAUUUUUGCUGAAUGGUUGGUUUGCUUCUCCCGGGGUAUUCUGGAGAACUAAAUACAUUUUUUGUCACGUAGAAUCUCUAAAUACAUUUUAAUACUGUUAAA